UUUCUGCUAAGCAUCCUUCCGGGCUGAUCUUCCCGUAACUCGUCCACAGCCAGAUCCGACCCCUCCCGGACAGCGGGCGGGCCAGCAUGGCGAGGAAGUGACCGGCUGAGGCUUGGUCACCAAGGGGUCUCGCCAAGGGGUGCAGCGGAAGAUCCGGUUGGCCUCACCUGACCAAGGACGAUGUUGCUAUCGCACUGGGGAUGGUGGCUGUCCUCUUGCUCUCUGGCCAAGGUCUUGGUAGCCUCGGCCUUCUUCACUGAGAAUGCCUCCUGGGUUGGAGCGUACAAACCCGAACUGGACGGCAAUGUCACCAAAGACUGCGAAGGGUCCACCAAAUGCCAGCCGGGAGUGAUCCUCCCCGUUUGGCAGCCCGACAACCCUUCCUUCGGCGACAAGGCUGCCAGGGCGAUUGUUUACUUUGUCGCCAUGAUGUACAUGUUCUUGGGAGUCUCCAUCAUUGCUGACCGCUUCAUGGCAUCCAUUGAGGUGAUCACAUCCAAGGAGAAGGAGAUCACCAUCACCAAAUCCAACGGUGAGACCAGCAUCGGCACGGUGAGGAUCUGGAACGAGACGGUCUCCAACCUCACCCUCAUGGCAUUGGGGUCAUCGGCGCCGGAAAUACUUCUCUCGGUCAUUGAGGUUUGCGGCCACAACUUCCAAGCUGGCGAGUUGGGUCCCGGCACCAUCGUAGGCAGUGCGGCCUUCAACAUGUUUGUAGUCAUUGCGGUGUGCGUCUACGUCAUUCCCAGUGGCGAGAGCCGCAAGAUCAAGCACUUGAGAGUCUUCUUCGUCACAGCUUCCUGGAGCAUCUUUGCCUACAUUUGGUUGUACCUGAUCUUGGCUGUCUUUUCACCUGGGAUCGUGCAGGUUUGGGAGGCCUUGCUGACCCUCGUCUUCUUCCCCGUCUGCGUGGUCUUUGCCUGGAUGGCCGACAAACGCUUGCUUUUCUACAAAUACGUCUACAAGCGGUACAGGGCUGACCCACGCAGCGGCAUCAUCAUCGGCACCGAGGGCGAGUUCCCCAAGGGUAUCGAGAUGGAUGGCAGCUUCGUGUCCAACGACCACCGGGAGAGUGUCUUCGUGGAUGGGAGUGUGGCCUCUGUGGCUCCCCUUCCUGUCACCACCCAGGAGGAGAAAGAGCUGGACGAGAGCCGCAAAGAGGUCAUCCAGAUCCUCAAAGACCUCAAGCAGAAGCACCCGGACAAAGAACUGGAGCAGUUGGUGGAGAUGGCCAACUAUUAUGCCCUGUUGCAUCAGCAAAAAAGCCGAGCUUUCUACCGCAUCCAGGCGACCCGCAUGAUGACCGGAGCAGGAAACAUUCUCAAGAAACACGUCUCCGAGUUCUCCAAGAAGUCAGUUAACCUGCUGGAGGUGCCGUCCGAGGCUGACGUGGAAGAGAACUCCAGCAAAAUCUUCUUCGAGCCCUGCAUGUACCACUGCUUGGAGAACUGCGGCUCCGUCACGUUGACCGUGGCUUGCCAGCAGGGCAGCGACACCUACAACACCUUCUACGUUGACUACAAGACGGAGGACGGCUCGGCCAAGGCAGGCUCGGAUUACGAGUACAGCGAGGGGACGUUGAUCUUCAAGCCUGGGGAGACCCAGAAGGAACUGAAGAUUGGCAUCAUCGAUGAUGACAUCUUUGAAGAGGACGAACAUUUUUUCGUCCGGCUGCUCAACUUGCGGGUGGGGGAUGCUGAAGGCAUGUUCGAGUCAGACUCAGCCGACCACCCCAAGGGGCGGCUCGUGGCGCCCUUGGUGGCCACCGUGACCAUUUUGGAUGAUGACCACGCCGGCAUCUUUACCUUCCAGGAUAAACUGCUGAGAGUCAGCGAGUGCCAAGGGACCCUAGAGGUGAAGGUGAUCCGGAGCUCGGGGGCCCGAGGGACAGUCAUGGUGCCCUACCAGACACUGGAAGGGACGGCGCGAGGAGGAGGCCUUGACUACGAAGACUCCUGCGGAGAGUUGGAGUUCAAGGAUGAUGAAACAGCGAAAUCCCUUCACGUGAAAAUCAUAGAUGUGGAAGAAUAUGAGAAAAAGGACAACUUCUUCAUCGAGUUGGGACAGCCGCGCUGGUUGAAACGGGGUAUCUCAGCCCUUUUGCUGAAUCAAGUGGAUACUGACAAGAAACUCACAGCGGAGGAAGAGGAGGCCCGGCGGAUUGCCGAGAUGGGCAAACCCAUCCUAGGGGAAAACUCCCGCCUCGAAGUCAUCAUUGAGGAAUCCUACGAUUUCAAGAACACAGUGGACAAGCUCAUCAAGAAAACAAACCUGGCAUUGGUGAUCGGCACACACUCGUGGCGGGAGCAGUUCCUAGAGGCGAUCACUGUGAGCGCAGGUGACGAGGAAGACGAAGAAGAUGGUCGUGAAGAGCGUCUUCCGUCCUGCUUUGACUACGUCAUGCACUUCCUGACCGUCUUCUGGAAGGUUCUCUUCGCCUGUGUGCCACCCACCGAGUACUGGAACGGCUGGGCUUGCUUCAGCGUCAGCAUCUUGGUGAUCGGGAUGCUGACGGCCCUCAUUGGAGACCUGGCCUCCCACUUUGGCUGCACCGUCGGCCUCAAGGACUCGGUCAACGCAGUCGUGUUUGUGGCCCUGGGCACUUCCAUACCAGAUACCUUCGCCAGCAAAGUGGCUGCCCUGCAGGAUCAAUGCGCAGACGCCUCCAUCGGCAACGUGACGGGCAGCAAUGCAGUGAAUGUCUUUCUGGGCUUGGGUGUCGCCUGGUCGGUGGCGGCCAUUUACUGGGCCUUCCAAGGGAAAAACUUUGAGGUGCAGACGGGUACCCUGGCCUUCUCCGUCACCCUCUUCACCAUCUUCGCCUUCGUUUGCAUCAGCGUCCUCAUGUACCGGCGUCGGCCGCACAUAGGGGGCGAGCUGGGGGGCCCCCGAACCGCCAAAAUCCUUACCUGUUGCCUCUUCAUAGGCCUUUGGCUCCUCUACAUCCUCUUCUCUGGCCUUGAGGCCUACUGCCACAUCAAGGGCUUCUGA